AGGAAGGCCCAAGGGAAGCGGCAAUGGCGACGACAGUGGCAGGGCGCCGCCUCCUCCUGCGAUGCGUGGGCGGGCGGCGGCUGCUGGGCACGGCGGCGGAGGCGGCCCCGGCGGGAGGGGAAGGGGACGUGAUCCACGUGGGCAAGCCGGCGUCGGCGGCGGCGACGCGGGACGAGACCUCGGUGGCGAUGCCCAUGUCGUUCAUGACGGGGUCGGUAGUGGGGAAGCGGUUCUACCGCGACGCCACCGUGCGCCGCGCCGACGACGGGAACGGCUGGACGGUGAUGCUCGACUACCGCACCCUCAAGUCCCCGGCCAAGCGCCCGCUCAAGCUGCACUCGCGCACGCUCGCCAUGGCCAUCGCGGCCGAGUGGGAGUACCAGGAUUCAGAUGGAAUUCGACCUUUUACAAUGCCCCUUAUGAAGCUUGCUUGUACUGCACUGGAGAGAGUUCCGUUGACACGAGCAAAAAUAAUUAACAAUUUGAUGCAAAAAUUCCAUCAAGAUUUGGUAUUUUGCCGCUCACCUCCUGAUGAUGAACUUACGAAAGGAGUUUAUGAAAAGCAGAAGGAGAAAAUUGAUCCUAUACUGGAUUGGGUAAACACCGAGUUUGGGUUCAAGCCUGUUGUAUACACAAGUUUCUUAGGGGGGAAGCAAGAUGAGAAGCUAGCUAAGGCUGUAGAGACUGUUUUGAAGGACGCAAAUGAUUGUGAAUUGGCGUCUAUUGAUGCUAUGGCUGCAGCAGCCCAUUCACUGGUAAUCCCUCUUGCAAUAUUUAGAGGAAGGUUGGGAAUCGACGAGUCUAUUGAACUGAUCAGGCUUGAAGAAGAUCACCAGGUUGAUAAAUGGGGCUUGGUUGAAGGAGGCCAUGAUGUUGACAUUGCCGAUCUUAAAGUGCAAAUGUCCUCGGCUGUUGUGUUCCUUCAACUUUCAUGGCAGAAGUAAAACCUUGUGACCGAGAAUCUACGAACCAGUUGUUCUUUUUUUGUUGUUGUUUUAGCUUUGUAUCAACUUGUAUGAAGAGAUGUAGAAUAAUAAUUACUACCUGUGGAUGCUUUUGUAGAAGAAUUUGCAACAUGUAAGUUCAUAGCACAGGGAACCAUAUUUUUCAAAUUACUACCUGCGGAUGGCUAAGGGAAAACAAAGUACCAGAUAUGGCAGGUCCUAAAAUCUUCUAUUUUGUGCUUAAA